AUGAGAGUUGGCAAUGGCUGCAGCAGAGAGUUUGGCGCAACGUCUCACACUAUUUUGCUAGCACAACCUACCAAGAGGCCAGAAGAUGGAGCUUAUGCUAACUGUGAAUCUGUUCAUGAAUGCAUGGAAUGUGCUGAAGAACAUCUGAACAGAAUGAACCCCAGCAGCCCCUCUAUCACAUAUGAUAUCGAUCAGUUGUUUGAUUUUAUUGAUGGUCUGGCAGGCCUCAGUUGCCUUGUUCACUGAGCUGAUACUCAGGCAUAUUAGCCUUGUAACAAAGACUGGAUCAAAGAGAAGAUCGACGUGGUCCUUUCCCAGGCCCAACAUGCUGGAAAAUCAUUGAGUUAG